AUGAAAGGAAAAGUAUUAUUAUUAUGCUUUAUAAUUGUGUUAUUGGCUGUGUUAGUAUCUGGUGGAUCACUGGGAUCAUUAGACGUUGCACUUAUUGCCGGAGCAGGCGUUACAUUGUUUGGAAGUUUAGCAGGUACUAUAGGUGAGAAUAUUUAUCUUUCCAUGACAACAAUGAAAAGAGGAACAGUACCGCAAGUAUUAUCAAGUCUGUUCUACCCACUGAAUCCAGAGGAUCCAAACUAUACAAAUGGAGUACCGACAAGUACCAGUAUAGAUUUAACAGGGUCAGAUGGAGAAACGGUCACCAUGGCUUCAGUCAUGCUUUAUUUUUUUUCCUUGUCUAGUAUGAGAAACUUUAAUGGCGAGCCAAAGGAUUUAGACAACCAACCAUUAUUUCCGUGGGGGCCAUUAUACUCUUAUCAGCACCCCGUAGUGACAGUUUCUCAAAUUAGAUCGUGGAUCAUGAGACAGGAAAAUAAAGUAAUAAGCAUUCCGUUGGAUAAAGUUGCAUUAUAUGAUUUAUAUCCAUUAGCUGUCAUUAGAAAAUAUAUUGAAUUUAGAGGGAGGCGUAAAGGAUAUGGCGGAAAAAGCACUUUAUCAGCUUUUCAAAAAAAGUAUUACUGCCCAAAUUGUGAGAUUAAGCCCUUUUUGAGAGAUUUCUUCCAGGGAAGAUGUUUUUCAAAAGAGAGAUGUAAGGGAAUUGGGAAUCCCAAUGUUGUUUAUUGUGAACCUGGAUGGAAGAUACAUUCUGAAAGUACUACAUUGCCACCGGAGGAAAGCAAUAAUGAGAACGCUAUAAACUUGGAGAGAAUUCCUUCUUCAAUAGAAUAUCUUGGAAACAUUUAUGAGCAUAUUGAGUUACAAAAGUAUGAGCUUUCAUCUGAGGCUUUAGAGAAGCUUUCACCUAAUUUAUUGCUUUCUCCUGAAGGACUCUUUGGUCUUUCAGUUAUUCUUUAUGAAAGACAAUUGCAGUAUCUCCUAGGUAAUGUGGAAAGAUCAAACUACAAGGAAAAUGGUUUUAAGAAAUGGUUUAGAGAUCUUAAGCAGAAGAUUUUUCGUUUUCUAGAUUUUGGGAAACAAACUUAUGGAGGAGAAAAAAAAAAGAAACCGAUGACUAGGGCAGCAUGGAAACAAUAUCCAGAUUCGCUUUGGAAGAAAUCUCCUUUAAAAACUUGGGUUCAUUCUGUGGAGAAAACCAGAUAUUGUACUUUAACAAAUAUCAAGUAUAAUACAAGAAAAUGGAACGAAAUGGAUUAUGUUAUUGCUGCUGUAUACUAUUACUUUAUUAGAUGGCAGGGAAUUCCUCAAGUUUAUGGCCAAUUUGUAAUUGAGAAAAGUAAUUUAGAAAAGCUCUCAAAAGCAACUCAAAGACUUGUUAACUCUACUGUUGUUGAAACUAAUCUAGAGCCUUCUGUUACUUUAACUUCUACACAAAGCCCUGAUGAAACCUUCAUUACUGAACCAAAUGCUGGAUAUGAAUCUGGAACUUUAUCUACCUCUGCUACACAUGAUACUUUAACAUUUACAGCUCAAGUUAGCUCUAGAUUAUCUUCUAGAGAAAGGAAGUCUCUAAAGGGGAGUACCUCAGAUAAUGUUCAAGAUGGUAAAUUAAUCUAUGAUGAUGCCCAAAAUAUCGAUGAAUCUGAAUUGUCCGGAGAUGACAGAUUAGAAAGUAGUGGUAAUAAGUAUUUUGCAUAUAAGGAUAGCAAUGAAGCCAGCAUUAAGACUGUUGGAAUUGCUGAAUAA